AUGGAGUUGAACAUGGAAGAGAAUGAUGCCAAUAAAUCCAAAAGUGUUGCACUCGAAGGAGUGCAAGAGUCUUCACAAAAAGACUCUGAAAAAUCAUCUACUAUUGAGGAUGAGAUGGAAAUGUUAGUGAAGAAAUUUAGGAGAAUCCUCAAGGACAAGUGA